AUGUCGGGUCAGGAUUACUACGGUCAGGGCCAAGGCCACGGUCAAGGCUACGGCUACAGCCACGACAACGCAUACCAGCAGCAGCAACAGCAUGGCUAUGGACAGCAGAAUCAGGGCUACCCUCUGCAGGGCCAGGCGUAUGGACAACAACCGCACGACCAGUACGGUCAAGGACAUCACAGCCCUUACCCCCAAGGCCAGGUCAGCACUCUUGCGCUCUAUCGGCGCAUUCCAUCUACCAUGCUACAAGUGCUAAUGUCCUCGAAGAGCCAGUACCCUCCACCAUCGCACGAUCCCUACGCGCAGCCUCCCCAACACGGCUAUGGUGCUCCUCAGCACGAGCAGUACCAGCAAGGCUACGACCCAAACCGCAGCACUUCUCCCUACCCACCGCAGCCACACCCGCAGCAAGGCUAUCAUGAUCCCAACCAACAGUAUGGAGCGCAUCAGCAACAGGGCUACCACGACCCACAACAGGGCUAUGGUGCGCCAGCAUAUGGCCAACCCGGUGCGCCCGGCGGUCCAGCUGAAGGCGACCGUGGACUUGGUUCGUCCCUCUUGGGCGGCGCGGGCGGCGCAUUUGUUGGCAACAAACUUGGAGGCGGAGCGCUGGGCACCAUAGGAGGUGCGCUGUUGGGAGCAGUUGGCGCCAGCCUCAUACCUGACAAGAAGGACAAGAAGCACAAGAAGCACAAGAAGCAUGGUAGCUCUGAGCAUGGCUCCCACCAUGGGUCUUCGCAUCAUUCGCACCAUAGCUCGCAUGGCCAUGGUCACAAGCACAGGAGCCAUAGCAGGAGCCGUAGCAGGGGCGGCAAGAGCAGCUCUAGCUCUAGCAGCGACUCAGACUAG